AUGGGAGCUGCGCGGGGCCGCUUGUGGGCGGCGCUGCUCUUGGGCGCCGUGGCUGCGGCGGCGGCGGAAGGCGGUGGUGACGGCUCCCCUUCGGGGCUGGUGACAUGCGGCUCCGUGGUGAAGCUGCUCAACCCCCGGCACGGAGUCCGCCUCCACUCGCACGACGUCCGAUACGGCUCUGGCAGCGGGCAGCAGUCGGUGACGGGGGUCACGACGGUCGACGACAGCAACAGCUACUGGCGGGUCCGGGGCAAGACAGACACGGUGUGUGAAAGGGGCACCCCUGUGCAGUGUGGGCAGUCCAUCAGGCUGACCCACAUCAACACCGGACGCAACCUGCACAGCCACCACUUCACAUCCCCCCUCUCGGGCAACCAGGAGGUCAGCGCCUUUGGGGAGGAUGGCGAGGGGGACUUCUUGGACAACUGGACUGUCCUGUGCGGGGGCAGCUACUGGGACCGGGACGGUGAGGUGCGCUUCAAGCACUCCUCCACGGAUGUGCUGCUCUCCGUGACUGGCGAACAGUAUGGGCGGCCCAUUCAUGGCCAGAGGGAGGUCCACGGCAUGUCCUACUCCAGCCAGGACAGCUACUGGAAGGCGAUGGAAGGGAUUUUCAUGAAGCCGUCAGAGUUCCUGAAGGCAGAGAUCUACCACUCUGAGUUAUGACAGGAACAAGGUUUCUCCCUCCUCCUCCUCUGCCAACGGUCUGGUGUUCAGGGCCAGCAAGCCCCAGGUUGAUCCUUAGACAGUGGAGGCUGCAGGUGCUGCGGUGGUGCUAAGACGCUGUCCUGUUGUGGGAAUACCAGGACAAAGGUUCUCUGCCACUCCGUGCGCCGCCAUCUGCAACCGCACAACAGUGUUCCCCCAUCCCUCCUUCCCUGCACACCUAUUGCUGAUAUUCAAGCACCCGUGUGCCUGGGAGUCAGCCAUAAAUAAAUGCAGGUUAUUCAAGCAGG